CGGUGCUAGCCGUUCCUGUCGGAAGCACUGGCCAUCUAUUGCAUCGGAACAAGAGGCCGUUGUGGGUUCCGACCCUUCUACCACCAUCAACCUUUCCCCCCCGCACGCCAAACAGACCAGCACACGAGACAAAGAUGGAAAGGAUUGGAAUCUUGCCCCGCUUCACGCAGCACGAUCAUGAGAUCGCCAUGCGCUUGCGCGAGCACAAAGUCUCUUGGAGUGGCGAUGACUUUACUGUGAAGGACGCCGUGACGCAGGGCCCUCUGUUCCGCAUUGACGGCGCCGCCUUCUCGCUGCGCGGGUCCAAGUCAGUCAAGGACGUGGAGGGCAAGGCGCUGUUCACCGUCAGGGGCAAAUUCCUAAACAUCCCGCCCAAGUACGAAGCAAUUGACCCAGCUAGUGGGCAGGUGCUGCUGGAGGUGUCGUCGCCGCUUGUCAGUUUCUCCUCCAAGCUCAAGGCCAGGUUCAGAAAUGUGGCGGGUAGCGGCAAUGAGAUGGAGCUCCAAUUAAGGGGUGAUUUUCUCGCACGUAAAGCCGACAUUACCACCGCGGACGGGCGCGUCGUCGCCAAGAUUGAGAGGACUGCUCGGCUUGGUGCGGCCAACCUCCUCUUCGACAAACAGACGUACGUCGUCACGGUGCAGCCGUUCGUCGACAUCUCGCUCAUUGUUGCGCUGUGUGUCUGCCUCGACGAGCGCUACAAAGACCAAAACAAAUGAUGAAGACGGACAGUCGGCCGGCGGACCGGCCAGGCGUCAGUGCUUAUGCUCAGACUCAAAUUACCCAGUCCAUUAUCCUCCUCCUGAAAAUGCUUCGACUCACGGACCGCGGAAAUGAGUGUCCCCGCCGCCGCCCCGUCCUCUUAUU